GAAGAAACACUUGUGCCGGCUGCAUGUCCUGUGAUGCUCAUGGCUGUCACUCUGUCCUGCCCAGAAGUGCCUCUCAGAGGCAGGACUUGAUGAAGUAUUUCAAGCUGAUGCAUGAGUUUGCUAAAUUGGCCAUAGAAUUAAAACCCCCCAUGUGGCCUUUCCAAAUAUGCGUUUGAGAUAGAGAGUCUGUGUAGAAGCUGAAUGCCUGGAAGAUUUCUAAUUUUUGUCGCUACGUGUCCUGCCUUUCUGCAUCUCUGCCUGAUUGGGAUGAUGUGACAUUCAGAGGGCCACCUUCAUCGAGGUCGUUAUCUAACCAGACACAUCUGGCCAAAGGUUGCCUAAAUAAUUCAAGAUGGCUAGUCAGCCGCCAGAAGACGCUGCGGAGUCUCAGGUCUCCGACGAGCUCGAGUGUAAGAUCUGCUACAACCGAUACAAUCUGAAGCAGAGGAAACCCAAAGUGCUGGAGUGUUGUCACAGGGUUUGUGCCAAAUGCCUCUAUAAGAUCAUAGACUUUGGGGACUCUCCCCAGGGUGUCAUCGUCUGUCCUUUCUGCAGGUUUGAGACACGCCUGCCAGAUGAUGAAGUUAGUAGCCUGCCCGAUGACAACAACAUCCUCGUGAACUUGACUUGUGGGGGCAAAGGCAAGAAGUACCUGCCAGAAAACCCCACCGAGCUGCUGCUGACCCCCAAGAGGCUGGCCUCCCUCGUCAGUCCUUCUCACACUUCCUCCAACUGUCUGGUGAUAACCAUCAUGGAGGUGCAGAGAGAGAGCUCCCCAUCUCUGAACUCCACUCCUGUGGUAGAAUUUUAUAGGCCCACAAGUUUUGACUCUGUUACCACAGUGUCGCACAACUGGACUGUGUGGAACUGUACCUCCCUGCUGUUUCAGACAUCCAUCCGGGUGUUGGUUUGGUUGCUAGGUUUGCUCUACUUCAGUUCCUUACCCUUAGGGAUCUACUUGUUGGUCUCCAAGAAGGUCACCCUUGGGGUCAUCUUUGUUAGCCUCGUCCCUUCGAGCCUUGUUAUUCUGAUGGUGUAUGGUUUUUGCCAGUGUGUGUGUCAUGAAUUUCUAGACUGUAUGAUACCUUCUUAA